CUGUAGUCUGCGCCUGACUGUAAAAGAAGAGACCAAGUUAAGCUCAGAAAUUGGUGUGUGGGUUUUGGCGCAGACCUUAUCCUCAUUAUUCUCUGAAGAUGGGGAAAGGUGGGGGCUGCGUCCCAAGCAAGAAGAAGGUCCCGUCCGACGUAGUCGCCACCGAAGACGCCACGCGCGCCUCACGUGACGCCCCGAUCGCCGCCGAGGACACUUCCGCCUCCAAUUCCAAUCCCAUUCCGGACUCCAGCCAAAACGACGCCGUCUCGGAGGCGUCGCGUCCGAUUGCGGCGGCGAAAUUGAGGAUAUUCAUCGUGUUCUACUCGAUGUACGGACACGUGGAGGAGCUGGCGCGGAGGAUCAAGAAGGGGGUGGACGGCGUGGAGGGAGUGGAGGGGGUGCUGUACAGGGUGCCGGAGACGCUGACGCCGGAGGUUCUGGAGGCGAUGAAGGCGCCUUCGAAGGAUGAUGGAAUUCCGGAGAUUUCGGCGGCGGAGAUGGCGGCGGCGGAUGGGUUAUUGUUUGGGUUUCCGACGAGGUAUGGCUGCAUGGCGGCGCAGAUGAAGGCGUUUUUCGACUCGACCGGAGGGUUGUGGAAGGAGCAGAGCCUCGCCGGAAAGCCGGCCGGGUUUUUUGUCAGUACGGGGACUCAGGGCGGUGGCCAAGAAACCACAGCUUGGACAGCAAUCACGCAAUUAGCACACCAUGGAAUGCUAUUUGUUCCCAUUGGGUAUACUUUUGGAGCUGGAAUGUUCAAGAUGGACUCAGUAAGAGGGGGUUCUCCAUAUGGUGCAGGUGUUUUUGCUGGCGAUGGCUCAAGACAGCCAAGUGAAACAGAGUUGGGGCUCGCAGAGCAUCAAGGGAAGUAUAUGGCAGCAGUAGUCAAGAAGCUUGCCUAAGCUUGACUAUAAAUUCCUGAUUUUAGCAUCUUUGUGUGCCAUUAUUUUGUUUGUUUUUAUUUUUUUUAUUUUUUUAUUCCAAAUAUAUUCCUCAUGUGAUUGAUCUCGGCACUUUCUCAUUCCUCUCAUUGCUGAAAGAUGCUACAGUAUUCCAGUGUUACAGUUCUUUCGAUUGGUUGUUUACAUCUUUACUUCGUAUCUGUUCAAAAAGCUGUAAUUGGUU